AGGCAUGGAGGUACAACGUUCCAUGUGUAUCUACAUAAUAUAAAAUGCUGUUUGUUGAACAUACAAGUGUUAAAUGUCAUGUCUCACGUGCGUGCAUUGCAAAGAAGUAUUGGAUGUAUAAACUAAAACUACCCGUAUUAUUAUACUAUUCUUUGAAACUAGUUUUUAAAUCUGUGUUGUGGUUGUGGAAGUGUGUUGUUUACAUCCUUGAUUCUUCAUUCUAUUAUUUUUAUUCUGCAUUGCCCAAACAUUAGCUUGUAAAGUACUGAAUAAGUAAUUUCAUUUCUUAGAACAAAACGUUAUACAGUGAUAUAUUAUCAUAUAUUUUAUAACGGACUUUUUCCGACCGAAUUUUGUUGAGAAGCAGGUGUGCAUUUACUUUCAACUUUGUUAUUAAUUUGUUAGUAAAUAAUAUGCACUUCUAUACAAAUACAAGUGAUAGUGAUUAUUUGAAUUUUGUUACUUUACAGUUUUCAGAAUACUGAGACGAGUACCGUUGUAACCUGUUACCACGCUCAUUCAACAUAUAUUUAAGUCUGAUAUAAAGUUAAAAUAUUUCAAGAUGAACAAUUUUAGCAGUAAGACACAGAAUAUCAUAAGCAAUGAUUCCAAUUUUGUUGCCACAGUUGGAAGUUCUUGGAUUGUCUGUAGAUCCAAGUCUCAGCCAGGCCGUAUUUAUUAUUUUAACACUGUUACUGGUGAGGCUGCAUGGAAUUUAAGUGAUGCGGAGGCUGAGCGGGCUAAGAAAACUACAUUAGAAACUAGUCAUAAGUUGAAACUUACUGAAUUUCCAGAACCUGAAGAAUCACCUCAAGAUUAUUUAUGCAAUAAUAAUCAAUCAGCCAAACAGGCUUUAUUGCAAAAUAUAGCUCCUGCGAAAAUUUAUAAUAAACAAAUAAUAAAUAACAAGUUCACAAGACAACCUCACCCAAGUACAAGCUAUAAUCACUUUGCACCAUUUAAUACAUUAAAUCCUGUGGGGUAUGCUUAUACUCCAGUUGUGAAUGUCCCAGCUAAUUCAAUUAUUCUAGCACCACCAAUCAAUACCAUCCAAACUUCGAUUGAAACUAAUUUUACUCCAAUGCAAAAGAAACAAACAUUCGAUACACCUGUCCCAUUAUCAAAGUGUUUUACAAAUUUCCAAAAUAAAAAUUUCUCAAGGCCAUCAUUCAAUCCUAGAAUAUUUAACAAGAGAAAUAUAUUUCAAAACAAAAAUGCUCCAAGUGCAAUAAACAGUUCAGUUGAUCUCCGUCAAAAACUAAUGACCAUGAGGAAGAGAAACCAAAGCUUCAAUAAUACAAUAUCUAAAGCACCAAAUUAUCCAUUGUUUUGUAAUAAAGAGGUAAUAGAAGACAAUGAAGUAGGUUCCGUUAAUUCAGAUGCUUUUACUGAAGAACUGAUAAACGAAAUUGAUGUUCAAGCAUUAAAAAGUUAUUUUGGUGUCAGCUCGGAGGCAGAGUAUUGGUUUGUUGUUGCUGAUGAAGAUGUGUUGCUCAAUCAUACAAACUUUCUUAUAAAAAUUAUACAGUUAGAUGAAAAGUUUCGCCUAGUGAUUCCGCAAGUAGUAAUUAUUAAAAUACAAGGAUUGACUACUUCUGUUCAUAACAAGGCCUCACUGGAAGCUGCGUCCUUUAUAUCUGAGGCAUUAGAAUCUAAUUUUGCCAUAGUUGAUGAAGAAAAUUAUGAUACAGAAGAUUAUUAUGAGAGUAUUUUUAGCUGUUGUUUGAAAUUGAUUAAUCAAAACUGUGAAGUGGUAUUAAUUUCCGAAAAGGAAAUAUCUCCCAAUGAUUAUGGAUUCUCAAUGCAUACCCUGAAAGAUAUAAAAGCUUUCCUUGUGGAUAGAAAAGUGAAUGAAGAUCCAAAAAUAACAAUAACAAUACCAAAUGAUAGUCGAGAUGAAGUAUUUUUAAAUAGCACUGAAAGAAAUAAAUCUACUGCGGUAAUAACUGAAGAAAUAAAUUUUGCGGAUGCUAAAACAAAUAAAUAUACCGUAGAUAAGGGUGUGCAAACUGACAAUAAAUCACAUAUUGCAGAUAUUGCUAUUCAAACUGAUUUUGAUAUUCCUAAGAUCAUACCAAAUUUAUACAAUGAUGAAAAAAAUGCCAAAGGGCUAUCAAAUAAGUCUGAGAAAAAACCUAGAUUUAUAAGGAGAAACAUAGGCUUUAAUGUAACAAACAAUUUGUCCAAUAAACAUACUGAUACUGAAGACAAAAAAGUUUUUAUUGAGAAAGGUACCAGCACUAAAGAACAUGACAAUAUUGAUAUAUUUAAAAUAUCAAGUAAGGCAAUGGAGGACUAUCUUAAGGUGAAGUCAGAUGAAUGGGUUUCACGGUUUGUGCAAAUAAUGGAAGAAGCAUUGACACAAGUUUUGCAACAAGAUCCAUCUUUUGUUCUUGAUAUGCCACCUCCAUGGACGAUAUAUGAAGCUUCAGAAUGUAUUAAACGAAAAUUCUCUAAUGAUUGCGAUGUAUUUGAUGCUUCAUCAAAACUUUCAAACAUUUUGUUUGAAAUGGGUGGUUUGAGAGGAAAAAUUAAUAAUAACAUAGCACCUGAAAUGUAUAUGAAAAUGUACAGUUAUGGAUAUUAUUUGAUUGAUGCUUUACAGAGUUUUAUACGUAACAACGAAGAUCUGCAAAUUGCAGGAACGUCUUUAAUAAAACUGUUAAGCGAUAUACAAAAUCCGCACUUGGAUCCCAGCAACAGCGAUUCAUUUACAGAUCUUGAAAGUUCUCGCAAUAAUGACUCUAUUAUAUAUAGUAACCAAGCCGUUCGUAAUGAACAAGCUAGAGCUAAUCCUCCGAAAACUGCCCUAGUGUCGAAUUAUGAUGUACCAUCAAAAUCACCCGUUCUUAAAGUUAUUGAUACAAAAAUUUUAAGAAAAGAAUCCAGUUUAACUAAUUUGCUAGCCCACCAAAUAACAAAAAACGUUUCACCAGAAAAACAGAGAAUAGUACAAAAAUCGCCAAAAACGAAUAAAGAAGAUAAGCAAAGUCCUACUGAAGCAUUACAAAAAGUAAAAUACAACUUAAGGAACAAAAAAUCGAAAGCGGAGACGAAUGAUGUUGCGACUGACCAACUUAAUGCAAAUCCAAAAGAUUCAUUUAUGACAAAAUUAAGUUUAGCAAAUAGUAAUCAAGUUAAUAACGAUACAAUUGAUCCGAUAGAUGCGAUAACUCCCAUAAACGGACAUAGUUUUGAUGACAAUCAAAUAGAGGGACCAAAAAUCAUGAGGAAUUUCACGGUGUGUCCCGAAUUCGAGAAAAGAUUGCAAAGUAAUUCAAAUGCAUUUUCAGAAGAAAUGUCCGAUGAUCAAAAAUUAGAUUAUGAACAAUACGAAGAGUCGGUUAUUUCCGAACCUGAUGAUGCUAAUGAAUAUGACAAAAAUGAUUCUCAAUCAUUUUGUCGAGAUGAGGAAUGUCGAUAUAAACUAUCUGAAAGCUUUAGAAAUUUUUUGGAUGAAGUCGGAACCAAAGUGAAAGAAAGUUUUUUGAAAGUUUAUUCAUUCUGUGAAAAUUCAAAAAAUAAACUUGUGUCAUCUGUGGAGUCUUAUCAAAAAGUUGAAAUCCGAGCCAAAGCCGAGAAGAUGUUUUCGUUUGUGGAGAAUAUGUGUUCGUCACUUAAAAGGAUUUUAGACAGAGAAACAAAUGACACCGAGGGUGGCAACCGUGAAAUAUUAAUAAAAUUGGGAUUUGAGAGCAAAGACAUUGAUGAUAAAGAAUUAGAGUAUUAUAGGAGUUUCAUCGAAAAAUGUGUGAUACAAGGAAGUAUUCUACAGCAAUCGUUGAAGCUUUUAAUCGAAGCAACACAGGAGAACGUGUGAUUAAGAAAAUUUAUAUUUCAGUACAUAAUUAUUUUUGAUAUGAAAA